ACUUACUGUGACGAGUCCCUUGAGGCAUGAAACGACGUCGCAACUAACUGUUAUGACAGCGACCUCCGGCAGCCGGUCUUUGAGAUCUCCGCGUUCACAUUUGGGAUAACUGCAAAAAGUCAAUAUGGUUGCUGCUGCUUAUCACCAAGCAAUACACUUCAUAAGUUGCAGCACUUGUGUUUCCAAUGAGCGCUUUAGGAACUUCUUGGUCACAUCUUCAUUUGGGGGUCUUAAAAUGAAACCAGUUUUGAUAAAAGAAAGUUGCAAUUUGAGGCAGUCUGUAAAAUGCAAAGGGCAUUCACCAAAUUCAUCUUUAUGUGCUAUUAAGCCAAUUUUCUCCUCAUUGUCAAGUAUCAAAGAUUCACAGAGAUCAGUACCUGAAUCAUAUUUGAUCUUAAUACGGCAUGGAGAAUCGAUGUGGAAUGAGAAGAACCUAUUCACUGGUUGUGUAGAUGUGCCACUCACCAAUAAAGGAGUAGAAGAAGCAAUAGAAGCCGGUAAGAGAAUCAGACACCUACCCAUUGAUGUCGUCUACAUCUCUGCGUUGAUUCGUUCUCAGAUGACGGCUAUGCUUGCUCUAACAGAGCAUCACUGCAAGAAGGUGCCCAUUAUUAUACACAAUGAGACUGAACAAGCCAAAUUAUGGAGUCAAAUUUAUAGUGAAGGCACUGAGAUGCAAUCUGUUCCUGUUAUUAAAGCAUGGCAACUGAAUGAAAGAAUGUACGGGGAACUUCAAGGGUAUAAUAAGCAGGAAACAGCUGAAAGAUGCGGGAAAGAGCAAGUCUAUAAAUGGCGCCGAAGCUAUGAUGCUCAGCCACCCAACGGUGAGAGCUUGGAAAUGUGCCUGCGAAGAGCUGUUACCUAUUUCAAAGAGCAAGUUGAACCCCAACUUUCCGGUGGAAAGAAUGUAAUGGUAGUAGCUCAUGCAAAUUCAUUGAGGUCCAUCCUAAUGUAUCUUGAUAAGUUGACUGCUGAGGAGGUCAUCCACUUAGAACUCUCAACUGGAGUGCCAAUGCUUUACAUAUACAAAGGGAAUCAAUUCAUCAGGAAGGGAAGUCCCUUGGGAUCUAUGGAGGCUGGAGUUUAUGCUUAUACAGAGAGCUUGGCCUUGUACAAGCAAAAUCUGCUAGAUGAAGUGCUAGAUGAAGUGUCUUUGUAACUUUUUGCCCCCGAAGAAAAUCUAGGAUGGACUCAUGUCGCUGGAAGUUCGUUGAGGCAUUUUCUGUCAUCAAUAAUUCUGAGAAAGCGGAGCCAAGAUGGAAGACAUUUUUUGCAGCUACCUUAUGUAACAAUCAAUAGUUGGACACACAUUGUGCCCCUCUUUGUGGUUCAAGUGAGUAUGCCAGUGAAGAUCUGACAAUAAUUUGAGCACUUUUUGUGGAGACCAGACCCAAAGCUGAUUCUGCUUAGCUGAUUUUUUUUUUUUGGGUAAUUUACUUAGCUGAUUAUUACUAUCCUCAAUUGAGGAACUUUAUCAAUUCAUUUUUUCAUGUUUCUUUAGCCAGAGCUUCUAAUACUUACAUUAGAGAGUUUGUUGUCUACAUGUCUAUUGGUAUUGUUUUGCAAUGUAUUUCUCGUUUUGUUAUU